GGCGACGCCAGGUGGCGCUCCAGAGUCCAGCACCUUCGCAGAUCGCGUCGCGGCGCAGCUCUCUCUACUGAUGCGGUGAUGCGCAGCCACUGCGCAGCUCAUGCUGGAAUCAAUUAUUGUGAAUGAUCAACGCAAUCCUCGAAAAACUGAACAAAUGCCAGACUUCAAUGACACUGCGUUGGAGACGCAAUUGCGUCGCUUUCUCUAUAUUGGCAAGGAGAAGCCCGAGUACCAGCCUGGUAAUUGGUUUGUUCAUCACUACUACCAGGCCAAGAACGUUCCAUCCUUCCACGAAUUAGCUGCUAAUCCGCUCAAACAUGACACUAUUAUCUCUUCUAUUAUGGAGGCACAAAACAAGCAACUGGUACAGAAUCCUGAAACACUUAUUUUUGCUCUGGCAGUCUGUGCUCAACAGGAAAAGCACGAAGCUUUGCGUACAAAAGCAUAUGAUGCAGUGAAAGAAAUUUGCAAGUCUCCGGACCACUUUAUUUUAUUCAAUAAGUUUUGUUCUCUAAUCAACAAGACAAAAUCUACUCCAAAAAAUGGCUGGGGACAUGGCUGGAGAAGGGCAGUCAAGAGCUGGUAUUUGUCAAAAUCACCCAUGGAACUCGCAAAGAUUGUCACGCAAACCAAGGGUCGAUACGGAUGGAAGCAUAAAGAUAUCAUUAAAUUGGCACAUGUCCCUGCAACUCAUGAAGAUAAGAAAAUAGUGUUCAGAUAUAUAUUACAAGGUAUGAAGAAAAUGAAAGAAGAAAAUGUGAGAAAACCCCAAUCUAACUUAAGUGAAGUAGGAGGACAAUUAUUGGUAUAUUUUGAAUCAAUAGAAAAUGUCAAGCACUGUGAGGACGAAGUCAGAUGUGCGGCAUAUGUUGAUUCCCUACAACUUUCACUAGAUCAUAUACCUGGCCAUAUGUUAAAGUCUGAAGAGAUAUGGAACGUUCUAGUAAUGUCAAUGAGUUUAACAGACAUUUUAAGAAAUCUUCAACGUAUUCACAACAUGGAUUUCUUGAACCCAAAUGGAACAAUGGUUGCAAAAGUCUUGGAUUCUAUAAAUGAGCAGAAUGUUACUGCUGAAAAAAUUCACCCAGCUGUAUUUUUGGUUGCAGUUAAAAAUUACGAAAAUUCUGGAAAGCCAUUAUCAUUUGAGAAGCGAAAAGUCAAGGAGCAGGCAAAAAGACCAUUACCUCCUCCACCUAAACCCAACAAAAAGAUAGUAGACGCAUUGAAUAAAAUGUUGAAUUUUUCAUUUUCAAUUGUACAACCCACCAAUGUUCACUACAUGAUCACCAUAAACAUGAAUAAAACCAUGUUGGACAGCGGGUGUUGGCAGUGCAGUAACGUGAACGCCGCUGAGGCCGGUUGCUUGAUUGCACUAUCUCUUCUCCGCGCGGAGAAGAACGUCACUGUGGCAAUUUUUACGAACAACGGCAUCCAGUGCGUGGACAUCGAUAUGAACUUGACCCUGGCGCAAAUGAUGCGAAAGCUCGAGCCUACAAGCGUCGACGCGAUUGACUUGAGCAAACCCAUGCAAUGGGCUGCUCAAAAGAAGAAGAGCAUCGACGUCUUUAUUAACAUCGUCGAUCAAAUCUGCCAGAAGUCUGAUAGUUCGGAAGAGGGCAUUAAAUCUUACAGAGCAAAAAUGAACCUGCCAAAUGCAAAGUUGGUGAAUUGUGCCAUGUGUGCCUCAUCGACGUACGACAAGGAAGCUUAUGACAAGAAUAUUCUCUCAAUUUGUGGGUUUGACGAAAAGGUACCUAAAAUCAUAGAAGCUUUCGCGCGAUCCUACUUUUAAGAAACCAAUCGACUGUAAAUUCAAUCGUCAAGAGCUUUCUCCAAUUCGGAUAUUGUUAAAGUUUACAGGAAUUAUUUUCAUGUCAGAAAGUAACCCGUUUUAAUUUUUUAUUUACUACGUCGUUAUUUAUACUAUUUUCUAUCUCGCGUAGUUCGCUAAAAACUAGUGCUUAGAAAUAGUAAGCAGUAUAGGGGAAAAAUCAUUCAAAGUGUUCAGUAAGGUAUUUAGUUUUCAAUUUUUUAAAUAUUAUUAAACAAUCUUUGUUUCAUCAAUUUCAACUGUACGUAAACUACGCAAACUAAACUAAAAGAGAAGUAGAGGGUGAGAGGAAGGGAACUAAAAAAUUUAGUAUUACAUUUUUUCCUUGGGAACGCGAAAUUAAAGUGAGAAUGAAAUAAAGUUUUACAAUCGAAUUAAAUUAACUUUUAAAAAUUAUAAAGAAAAUUAUAAAAAUGAAAGAGAAAAUCGUGAGAAAAAAACAAAAUAUUGCAUUUUCAGCUAUUUCGAUGAUAAAACUCGCAUUGUACUCUAAUAGUAAUGUUCGUAAAACUCGGAUGUCGACAACGCAUAAGGUAUAAUCUCGACUUCGAGUUUAAUUAAAUUAUGUAUCGACAUAAUCGAAUCGUCUAACAUUGCUAUUGUAAAGUCUUACUCAACAAUGAUAAUCGCAUGUUCAUUAGCACAUAACUUUUAAGCUGUGUACGGGUUAAAUCAAGUUUUUUGAUUACUAAAUUGUCUGGUCCGAUGUUAUUUUUUAAUCUUUAUACUUAUUAGUUUAUCACUUAAGAAUCAGACUCUCGUAGUAUAUGUAUGUAAAAACGUUAUACAUAAUCUUUUUUAAAUUAAGGAAACAGCGCCGAAGCUUGUUUUUUAUUACAUGGCUUUAAAAAUGCAAAGAUUUAUAUUCUUCGGAGGAAUACACGCGUGCGUGUCUUACAGGUCUAUUCUUUUGUUUGUGAUGAAAUAAAUGCGAAAAACAAUGAAACCCGCUUACACGGCCGAUCAUUAGUCUUAAGACUGGAUAUUAGAUAACUAGAGCAUAUCGGAAGUAAUCUGUGGUGCAUUUCUCAGUAUAGUAGAAAGAAACAUAAACGAAGAUAAAAAAACAAACUCGGCAAUCGACAUUAAAGGAAAUAUCCUAUUUGAUUUUUGUAUAGCUCGCUUAUUUUCCCGAAUGCUGCCAAUAGCUACAAAACAGAGAAAAAGAUUAUAUCGAAAAAUCAAGCGCUUUUCGUGAUUGAUGCAAACGCAAACUUAACUACUCGACGAGGAAAAAUGAAAACUCAGAUUUAAUAAACUUUACUAAGAAACGUAUUGUGUGGACUGGCGCGCCUCUGCUUAUAUAGGAAAAAAUAAAUAAAGUACGCGACAAAAAUGAUUACGGAAAUAGGAAUUUCUGAUAAAACUCGGGUGGUUAAUGAGAAAAAGUACUAUGAGUACAGAACGUUGAUAAAAAAUUCUCCCACUGUGAUAUGCAUUUAGCCCCAAAGAGUAUAGACGUACAUUAGUAUAAUUUACUUCAUAUUUGCCAUAUCCAAAGUGAAGGAAAACGAGAAAUAAACUAAUUACGCUACUGAUAUAAUACUGUGAUACAUGAAUACAAUGUUUAUAUUGUUCAAGGUUAGACAAAAUGAAAUAAGGAAUAACAAAAAAUAAUAUAUGUAGCGAGAGGCGCGCUCUCAGUCCGAUUGUUUUGUUGAUUAGUACGUUAAACACGUUUGGAUUUAGCGCAUAAAUUCUGUUGAGAAGUAAUAAAAAAAGAAAAAAAUAUACAAUGAAUCACUAUCCAGAGUAUAAUAGUUAACGAUGAAUGAUAACCUUAGACAGCUUGUGUGUCACGAACCUCGAAUUUCCACUGGUGUACAUUUGGAAUGUAGAGUUCUAAAAUUUGAAGAAAAACAAGACCUCGACAAUUCGAGUCACUUCACCGACUUGACGCUCCCGCGACGUUGGCGGCGAAAACAAAGCUAUACGGCGACUAGUUGCUUUUUAUAUAAAACGAAGUUAUACUUUCCCAGGGAACGAAAGAUAGCCUUAAGUCUAUGUUAUUAUCUUUUAGAGGGAAAUUUUGCUGUUGCGCCUCCUGUGAUUUUUACUACUCGUCCUGUGAACUUGUACAUUAAGGGACGUUGUUCUGUUGAGUAUAAGCUUUUUGUUCGUCGCCCGGCUUUUCUUCCGGCCAACGUCACGCGUCAAACGUAUAGAACGAAAAAUUUAGAACGCUGCUUCAAGGUGCUUACCACGCACUCUUAUGCAAAACGUAAGAUUCUCAUAUGGCUGUGUCCUGCAAAUAAAGUCUGUCCUACGGAUGAAUUCUCCCUUUCAAAGCGCGAUUCAUCUAAAUUCAUGCAACUUUGCAGUUUGUUCUCUUCGCGGUAAACCAAGCACCUGACAAACACCGCACCAGUCGAUUCGAGGUUCGACGAUCCGCUUCUCUUAUCGAGGCGAUCCCUUGUUCUAAAAGCGAAAUAAACAAAAAUCAACGAACCCGCUCUUUAUCUUGUAUGUCUCUAACUUUUCCGAUUGUAAACCGAGAGGAUGAAUUCCUAUGCGAGUUAGCGAAGUGAAUAAAACACGGUAGAUUGUAAGGCAUACACUGAAUUUCUCUUUGCGCGAUUUCGACUAACCGAGGAACGAAACUUUGCGAAAGAUUAAAAUAGCGACUUGUAUAAUUAUUAUAAAUGCGCGAAGUACGACGAUAAUAUUAUGUGUAAACGAAAAGACCGAUAAUUGCUUUACGCUAAGAAAUUUUAGGAUCUUACCGUUCGACUGCUUUAUAGAGGGUCGGAGAUUGGCCGAUCGACCAUCUCUGCGCCUUGCGAAUUAUUCUGUUAUUGGAAUGAGGGUAAUAGUAUUUUUUAGACAAAUUUUUCCUAAAUACAAAUUUCGUGAGUACGAGAAACCGAAUAUUGAAACAAUGCGCUUAGAGAGAUUAUUUACACACGCAGGAAAUGCUAGGCGAAAUCUCAUUGACCAUAUUAUUGAUACAUUAGUAAUUAACAAUAAUUGAAAGAAAGAAGGUAAUUCAUUAACAUGCGAGGCUUUUUGUAAGAAAACGGAAGUUGGAAAAAUACAAAAAAUACUAUAUAUACAAAUAUAAUAUACAUUAACGAUUAACUAUUAUACUGUAAACGCAUUAAUAUCUUAUUAUAGACCGGGUACUUUUGUGCUACGUCGAGCCGCUCUAUACAUAAUAAUUAUAGUUAACCAAUUAACUUUUUUCUCGCUGCGAAGCGGCAACUGCGUAUGCUAUAUUCAUACGUCUGAUAGCGUAGUUACAUAUACACGAUUGAGAAACACACCCACAUGUCCACACACACACACACACACACAUACACGAUUUGUGUUACAUACGCACUAUAUAGUUAUAUCCUAAGAUGUAAGAGAAAAAAAAUAAACAUGCGCAUUCGUGGUCGUCGACUGGAGACCCCGACAGUGAAUCGAUAGAUAACAGUAAACGAAGGGCAUUCAUGAGUAAUUAAUACUUUGUUUUUUUUCUAUAGAGCGAGAGUUUGAGACAAUAAUGUAAAUUUAAAAUUGUCGUUCAGGUAUCCGUUGGGGAAAGCCAAUGAGCCCGAGCGUUUUUUCUAAACGUCGUUACACAACGUUUCCUAAAAAUUUUCGACUCCACGCCUGCGAAAAAAGUUGUCUAAUAAGCAAUACUAGCUUCGUUUGUACCAGAUUAUUUAUUCUUGGAUGACGGCUCGGGCGCAUCGACUCUCGCAUCCAAUAUCCACACGUUCACGAUCUAAAUUACAAAGUUCAACGGUAUGAUUAGUCAAAGUUGUCGUAUAGCAAAUUCGUUAUUUUUAUCAAUAAGUGUGAGGCAAGACGUUCGCGACGCGAGUCUCUCGUUGACGACUUGGUUCAACAUAUGUGUGUUCUCUGUAUCGCUAAGUCUUAACUAACUAAUACAGUAGGGGCGAUCGAGAAUAGAAAUAUGCGUUAUCUUAUAGUCAUUGAUAAAUGAGCUCGAGCAUAAGGAUACUUACAUAAAUGAAUAUGUAGAAUGUAGAAACCUUGUAGCAGAGUAAAGUUAUCGAUGACUCGGCUUUUGUCAUAUGUGUAUUCUCUGUAACGCUACUACCAUGUGCUUAUAUCACAUUACUGUAUAUGGUAAAAGUAAGAAAGAGGGUAAGGUCAAAGUCUGCACUUUUUUCUCUUUCGUAUUACACACAUUAUAUACAUAAUAUACAUGAAUAUAUUUAAAUAUAUAUAUAUAUAUACACACACACGUUUAUUACUUUAUAACUGGUAACUCUUCAGGUCGAAAACCAGUCUGUGUGAUGACGAUGAUAAAACGAAACAAUAUGUUGAAUGUGUUCAUACGUAGGCGAAAAAAAGAAGUAAAGUGGAAAUAUAGCGAUACGAAAGAAACUAAAAUUUUAAAAUAAUAUUAAAUAUAAUACUAAUAGCGAUGGCAAAAUUCCUUAGUGCAACUAAUAAUAAUAUAAAUGAAGCAAACGACGUUGAUUUACUCUUACUUGAAUUUGUUAUAAAUAUAUAUAUAUUGGAAUAGGUAGUCUGCACUGUAUACACUUGGAAUCUUGCGGUUGAUUUAGCUCGUCGUUGAUUCAAUGGUACUUGUUGACAUUCGGUAUUGGUUACAUGAACGGAUUUGAUUUGAUACUUUCGCAUUUUUGGAUACUUACUAAACAUGUAGAAUUUGAAUUCCGGGCAUAAGCAUAUGUGAUAAAGCCGAUGAAAGUGAUAUACGAAGUGAUUGCGUUUGUCUUCGAAGCCAAAAAUUAUAUAGUUAAAAAAAUACGAGUUCAAUUGUUUCGAAUGCCAUUGAAUCAAUUAAAAUUGCUCCUCGUUUAUAGCUUUCGAUGAAAAAGAACUGAAAAUUUUAGCAAUCAUUACCGUGUGUUUAAACGAAAAUUUUUCUACCGGGUACAUGUACAACGUAGAAGUGGGGAAAGUAUGGAUAGAAGUUUGCGUUAAACUCACACAUUAUACACAGCAGCAGCAGCAGCAGCAACAGUGAUUUUGAGCCUUUCUUGUGAGCCGCAAUCUCUCUCUUAUACUAUUUGGGGAAAAUAAAUUUUUUAAAUAAAAGUAAUAUAGCAGCAAAGCUCGCAGCACAACUUCAUCCAGUAAACGUGUAUUAAUUCUAACUAGUGUUCUGUACACGAAUCUAUACAAUAAUAAUUAACGAUAAAAUGUAACGAUAUAAUAUUACGUACUGUAAGACUAAAACCGCGAGUACACUCUAGGACGACGAUAGUGCUAUGUUUCUUAUAAGAUUACAGAAAAACAAAUAUAAUUACGUCGAUAUUGAAAAUGAUUAAAAAAAAAAAGAAAAAAAAUUAUGAUUAUGAAAGCAAACAAGUAAUAGCGAAAAAUCUGCGCAAAGGUACCUCGAAUCUCUCUAGACGCGCGCGCGCGCGCACGAUGAUACCAUGUCUGUACAACGACGCGGCCUCGCACAGCGUUUUAUAUACUCGAAGAAAAAAAAGUUCAAUUAUACUGUAUUGUUCGACGGCUGAUUAUUGUUUAUAAGCCAAAUACCAAGAGUAAGAAAAGAAAAAUGAAAGAGAAAAACAUAAACUUAUAGCAAAAGACCUAUUGUACAAAAGCAAAGUUAUAUAAAUAUGUAUAGAAUAUAUGUAUACAUGCCUCAAUCUCGUUGUCAAUAUAAUGAAUAAUAAUAAUGAAAGUGCGAGAGCGCGGCGCGCGAAAUUCGAAAGUUGAACGCGCGCGCCUCUGUGAGAUGAUUGUCGGCAACCUCCUCCUUCGCAGCUAUACGGUAUGUUGAUAUUAUAUGAGUGCAGAAAAGGAUUUUGUGAAUUUUGUCGAAUUUGACGAAGAGACGAGGGAGAGAUGCAGAUAAGAAAACAAAGCAAAUACGCCUACCUUUCGGCCUUACUACUUUACAUUUACAUAAAACACAUAAUACUGUAACAUUGCGGCACAUGCAAGAUUAACACACGUAUACCUAUAUAUUGUAACGUUCACCUAUUAUAUGCAUUCACGAAUGAGGAAGAGAGAGAGAGAGAGAGAGAGAGAUAUGGAGACGACAAACAAACGCGUGCGUUUUUCAUUUUCUCUUAGUUUAUAAUGAUUAUUGUAUACAAAAAUUAAAGAACUGCUCGCCUUCGAUGAGUAUUGACUGUGAAAAACAAACCACUACGAUUGAGAAAAUGACGACAAAAAAGCCUUCGAGAACUCACCGAUUAUUUCCGUAACUCGGUACAGUUGUAAUAAAAAUAAAUCAUCAUACCCCCGAUUGUGUAAUUGUUACAUGCCGCCGAGAGAAAUAAAAAGAGCAGCCCCCCCCCCCUUUCUAGCGAAAAA